UUAGCCUUUUAAAAUGUUCAAACACCCAGACGCUGCCAUACUGGCUUCAAUCAAAAUGUUGAUUAAUAAAUUACACAGAAAUAUUAAUUGAGUCAUGCAACAUAUGCUUGUUAUUUCCGCAGCUAUGGACUGGGAAAGAUCACUGAAUCGAACCAAGGUGAACUUUUCUACUCCAGCCUCCUCUUCAUCUUCGCUCUUGCCUGACUCCUCGUCCUCCUCCUCUUCCUGCUGCAACUCUUCUCGCUCCAUCUUCUCAGCCUCCCAGUUCUCAGCCCCCUCUUUCUCUGGGCUCGACCUCCUGUUUAACCUGAAGCUCAUCUUCAUCCCUCUCUACUCUGCUGUGGUUCUGGUUGCGUGCUCUGGCAACCUCCUCCUGCUCUUCCUCAUCUGGCACAAUAAGAAAAGACACAACACGACCAAUUUUCUCAUCAGCAACCUGGCACUCGUCGACCUGGUGAUGUGCGUCUUCUGCGUCCCUUUGACCGCGUCCUAUGCAUUUGAUAAGCGCGGAUGGGUGUUUGGAUCCCACAUGUGCCACUUUGUCACCGUCAUGCAAUCCGCAGCUGUUUACGCGGCCGUCCUCUCCCUCAUGGCCAUUGCGGUGGAUCGUUACGUUGUUGUGGCUUAUCCCAUCCGAAAGAGAGCCAGCUACCGCUUCUGCUGGGUUCUUGUAGUUCUGAUCUGGCUCUCCUCUCUGGCUUUAUCCACGCCUACGGCACUGCACACUGUCUACCUGGACCUCCAGGCGGCAGGCCUGCAGAUGGCUGUAUGUGAGGAGUUCUGGGAUGGCCAGGAGCAGGGUCGCCUCAUUUACUCCUGUUUCAUUCUCUUCUUCUCCUACUUUGUCCCACUGGUUGCUGUCUCCAUUUCCUACUGUGCCAUUUCCUAUCAGCUGAAACACAGGAUGACUUCGAGCUUGACAGCAUGCACGGAGCUGAGAUCUGCACGGGCCACCUGGAGCAGACGGAGGAAGAAGACCUUCUGCCUGCUGCUGGUGUCCGUCCUCUGCUUUGCCUUCUCCUGGCUUCCUUUACAGGUGGUGAACCUGAUCCGUGACCUGGACACAGACUUCUCCAUCCUGGGGAAGAACUAUAUCAACGUCAUCCAGGUGUCCAGUCACCUCUUUGCCAUGAGCUCCGCUUGCUACAACCCAUUCAUUUAUGCUUCGCUGCAUAACAAAUUCCUCUCUUACCUGUGUCUCCACUUCCUGCCCUGGAGAAAAGGAAAAGCGAAAGACAGGCGACAAGGGUCAAGCGUCCUGACGGUGUCUCACAGAAUGCCGCGCCUUUACACCUCCACCAUUGCGGCAGAUUUGCCGGGUGUUGUUGCAAAUAAUGCCGAUCCUCAAGAAAACUACACAUAAGUGACUUUGUGGACAAACGGGCACAAGAAUGAUAUGAAGCUCAGUCGAAUGUAUGAGGCCAAAGAAGCCAGAUGUGAUCCAGACAAUCUUCUUCUGCACUUCAGAUGUAAUCUUGUCAGCAUUCAUGCUGACAGACAAAAGGAGUAAAACGAUAAGUCAUUGUUAAAACACCAAAACCCACAACAUGGGGGUGUAAGGCUUUCACAUACAACAGCCACACUGCUGUGCUGCUGGCUAUGGGGGGAUUCAAGUGUAGAUGAUGCUUAUUAACCUGAAUAAUAUGCUACUGUUUGCUUAAAAAGCCACUUUUAGCUUUGACUUUGCUUUUGUUGUUGCAAGUGUUUUGUGUAAUGGUUCUCCAUAAUUAGAUUCUUGUGCAUUUUAACACCAACCUUACAGGAUCUUUACGCAAGCCAUUUUAACAAUGUGUUGAACUAAUGUAGAUGUUUAUUCACCUCCACCUUGAAAGACUGUGCAUUAGGUUAUUUCUGUGCAUACUUCACGUGUAGUAGUAAAUAUGCUUUGUUGGAUUUUGCUCA